UCAAUUUUGAAAAAUGUAUUCAGCAAAUGAAAUUAAUGAAAAAUGACAUGGAACAAAAUGAGAUACAACGAAAUGCAGAGGUGUCCAAGGAGUUUGUUUCAUUGCACGAAGCACUUAAAGUUCAAGAGCAAGCAAUUAAAGACAUGAUAAAAGUGGAGACUACAAAGAAACAAAAUGAGGUUGACCAAUUCUUUGAAUCAGCAUCAGCAUCGAUGUUGAGGUUAGAAGGAUUGAUGCUGUAUGCAAUGGAAGCUUGCAAAGAAAGUAGACCAGCUAUAUUCCUACAAACAUCAGCACAGAUCAACAAACGCCUGGCCGACAUCACUCUGUGUGUGACACCCAGUAAUUCUUUAGCGAUAAUUCCCUUUGAAGACUUUGAAUUAAAUGUAGAUCAUAUUAAAGAUGCAAUUGAUACGCUACCAUCGCAACUCUGUGAAACCAAGUCGAAACAUUUGUGUAGCGGGGAUUUCCAAAUGAUUCAGAGAUUGAAUGUCCCCUACAAAGUGAAAAAGCUGAAAGCUGCUUGUAGUUUGCAAGAGGCAUCGCUGAAUCCAAUUUACUCAUCAUUUACUUCUAAAAUUCACGCUGCCUUAAUCACUCCCAAUCUGGAUCUUUGCUCGUGCAUUACUCGAUCUUGCGCGGUUACUUUUAACUCCGAUGCAUCCAAUGUGGAUUCCCGAGCAGAUGUUCCUGCUUCUCUCCCGUGUGGUCCACGAUAUGCAUCUGAAGAUAGUCUCAGCGACAGUUCAACCAAGACGGCGUUGAAUGAUCGUGCCAGCCCCGAACACACUCCGUCUACAUCUAAGGCUGAAACGACUUCAAAUGCAUCUGAUGGGGGCUCGUGUACACACGGUGGCAAAAGCAAUGCGCUCAUUUCAGAUGCUUCCAGUUUGGAUUACUGUGAAUCUGUGGCAAAUUCUGAACACUAUGCUCCAGAGAAUAGCAGUGAGCCGCAAGCUGAAACUGAUUAUAAUUUGUCGUGUACGUCUGACCCGCAUGCUUCUAACAUCUUUCAAAGUGCGUACUUCAAAAACUGUGACCUCAAGGGCGCAAGCAGCGCGCUGUAUAACCCUGUUGCAAUGGAGCCCAGCAGCAAUGUUUUUAAUAUGUCAAUGGAGGGCGAGUGUAAUGAUAAAAGCCAAGAAUCAAAUCAAUUUCAAAAGGUCCCUGAAAAGACAAGUCCCUUGUGGAUUUCUGACAAGACCAGGCCAAUACCCAUUUGGCAACUUGAGCAGCAAGACUGUUAUAUGAGACAGAGUAGUGGCGACGCAUUUUCUCUUGAAUUAAGUCCGAAAGGAACAGGUGGUUCAAGUAAUGCGUGCUCUCCUGAGCCAGAAAACAGCAAAUAUCUGAACGACCAUGAAAGUGGAGACCUAUUAAAGGAUCCCAUGUCCAGUGUUAUUUCUGAACAGGUAGCAGCAGAGAGCGACACUGGGAUUAGCUCUUCCUGCAAUAGCUCUUGUUUGUCGUCGGAAAAAGAGACGGAUGAAUAUGUUCCGCCCUUUUACCAGUGCUGUGUCCCCUGUACUUUCACCAACACGGGACCGCCUCAGGCAGAUUGUGCCAAUAGUGGACCAGAGGACUAUAUCGACGGUGAGAAAGGCGUUCCUAUAAACAUUUGUGUCAAUGAGAGCUUGUCUCCGAGUGAGCAAUCUUACCACGCAUGUAACACCUUUUCUUGCGUGGGCCCCUAUUUUGCCACUGGGCAUAAUCUUCCAUGCAAGAACAUGAAUUCGUCGUCUGAAAGAGAGAGUUCUGAAAUAAUCGCUGCUGGUUGCCAGAGGUGUCACCUGAGCAGCUCGGCUGGGUGUAUGAUCGACUGGAACAAGCGGGAGAUGUAUUGCUUACAUAAGAACACUUCGAACAAUGCGGGUGGCGCUGUCGUUGACGACGCUAGCAUGUCCAACCCUGCGAGAUCCUGGAAUACAAAUAAUGUCCCCCGUAAUACAAGGUCGAGAUGCAAGUUUGGACGCCGGCCUUCUUUCAGGAAUCCAAAGCUGUUUUCUAAAGGUAAAGCCUUUCUGCGAGGGUACCCCAAAACACAAACUUUAAAUAAUGUACAAAUUACCCCAUCUGCUUGCUGUCAAUCGCAGUCUACAUCUAACUUUGAAAUCAGCUCAAAUAUGUCUAACGAAGACCUCGGCAACAGCAGAGUACUAUACUUGCCUAGAGGUACCACUGAUGACAGUGUAAAAGGCCAUUCUUCAACUCGUUUCUACCACAUCGGUGGUCCAAAGAGCCGAAACUUCAGAAGUGUCCAUCGAACCUGUUCUCAUUUGAGGCCACAGAAUAAUGCUGUUCACAAAACCCAGCAACACGUAUGCACGCUAGAAAGGAACGUUACUGUCAAACAAGAUAAUGGUGAAAUGUCACAGCUGUCUGUACAACUGCAUGCAUCAAGUUUACUCAAGGAACCCAUGACUGCAUUAGACCAGCUACCAGGACCUCCUAAAAUAUAUACGCACACUGUGGAUGGAACAUCGGCCAAGGUGAAGUGGAUGUGUCCCCCAGUGGGAAAGCGGACUGCAUAUUUUUUUGAACUGCAGUUCCAGGAGAUAAUUUCAGUCGACAAGGAGAUGGCGAUACCUCAAGAUCAAGCUGGUGUCUUCUCUGGAAUUAGACGCAGAAACUUUGUGGCUACGAAUCUGAACUCCAAUUCUGAAUAUUUGUUCAGGGUCCGUGCAGUGAACAUGACCGGGGAAGGACCAUGGAGUCAACCUUAUAAGAUCCUGACUGUCUGUGGUACAGUACGAAAUAGCGGGAAUACCAAAGACAAGACUGUGUCCUUGAAAGGAGUUAAAGUAACUAUUCACAGAAGCAACUAAUCCUAUUGAAAGGUGCAAUAAAGUUAAGUCAAUUCUUCCCAACCUUGCCUUAAUUGUUUAGAAAGUGAUUUGAAAUUAUUGGCGACUCAAACUAUUCUAUAUACU